AUGGCUAGCUUCUUACUCUGCAUAAUUCCAACACCAUCCCACGGUGCCGAUCCGGAUCCACUUCAGGACUUUUGCCCCGCGGAUCUGAAUGCUCCAAUACACGUAAAUGGAUUUCCAUGCAAAGAUCCAGCUAGUGUAAUCUCAGAAAACUUCUUCUUCACCGGUUUCAACACUAUAGACGGAAGGGAAUUCGAUACCUUUGGCCUGAACAUCACUGUUGGAAAUGUGUACACAUUUUCUGGUCUGAACACACUCGGAAUCUCCCAAAAUCGGGCUCGGAUCCUCCCCGGCGGUUUAAGCCAACCUCGCGUUCAUCCUCGCGCGAGCAAGUUGACUCAGAUAGUGGAAGGAACGCUACUCGUAGGUAUAAUAACGAGUGAUGGGUAUUCUAUUCAAGAGUUGCUGGGCGAGGAGAGAUGUUUGUGGUGCCGCGAGGCUUACUUUAUUUCGAACUCAAUAUUGGAUUUGAGACUGCAACAAUUUUUGGUACUUUUAACAGUCAAAAUCCUGGGGCGGUAA